AUGGCCCGCCACCUCGUGGUGGUCUUACUUCUCUUCGCCUUCAUCGCGCGUACCGAUGCAGAUACACCUUCGACAAGCUCCACCCUCAAGGUCAUGUUCACAAAAGUUAGCCCCGAGAAGCUGAAGACAUUUCUCACCAAGGAGAAACCGGCGGAGUGCGUUUUCGUCCGCAUGGGUCUCAACAAGGCUAAGGGCUUGCUGUUCUCGACCAAAAACUACAAGAAGCUCGAUCAGUGGCUCACAUACGUCGACGAUUUGAGUGCCAAGAACCCUGCAAAAAAGGGAAUGUCCGCGAUCUCGAUUCUGACUGCUCACUACGACGACGCUGCGCUGUACGAGAUGAUUCGAAUCGCCAGGACAGGGGAGUUGAUUCCGGAAGCGAAGGUCAUUGCCACGAGGUUACAGAAGGGCCUCCUUGAGCACUGGUUGGCCGCUGCGCAGAAGCCCGACGACGUCUUUCACUUCAUGAAGCUUGGACAGGCAGGAUACAGUUUCCGCAGCGACUCGGAAUUCGCCGUGUGGGUCAAAUACGUGGACGAUCUCAAUGCAAAGCACACCAAAAAUCCAACGUUAAUGGGCUCGACGCUGUCGGAAAACUAUGAUAGUUGCUUCCUGGAACGACCGCUGAACCAACUGCUCCUAGAAGCCAAGAAGUUCCCCAGCAUGGAAAAAUCCGUCCUCGCCACGCAGACGUGGAAGCUACAGGAGUAUUUGGCGAAGAACGAAUCCCCCAAAACAAGCUUCAAGCUACUAGCCCUGGACAACUGGAUGAAAUACGUUGACGAUUUCAAGGUCAAGAAUCCGCAGUACCAAGAAUCCUGGUUUGAGAUUUUCAAGCUCAAUUAUCAAUGGCAUCAAAUCGAACGAAUUAUCGGGAAGGAGCUGAAAAAUCCGGCCACCAGGAAAAUUGCGGAGAAGAUCGAGGCGCAGUGGAUUAAACACGAGCUAGAUGGAAAGAGCCUUCCAAAGGACUCGUGGGCAAAGUACCUGAAGCGAUUCAACGAAAGGUUUCCCAAUGACAAAACGACGAUAUUCGACGUCCUCGAGGCGAGCUACGUCGACACACAGCUGCUGAGGAUUCUCUAUGCGGUGGAGAAGAACCCAAAGAGCACCAAGGAACUGAAGGCGCUGGCGACUGACCUGCAGAGCGCUCUUAUCAGCAAGUGGCUGGAUGCAAUGGAGAAACCGGCGGAUCUUCGAAGGUGGUUUCAGGACGUACCAUCCGCCGACGAUAUGAUAGACCGCUACACGCAGAAGCUCCACGCGUUGUCGGGGAACACCUCAUAA